AUGCUCAAGUGCCGGAAUGCGGUCCAUGCGGAUACCCUACCAAGACCAAAACCUGCGCCUUUCUUGGAUGGACACACCCUCGUCAGCCGAGGACGAGGUGCGCAUACGACGACGUCGCAAGAUGUCAGUACUGCGAGUGCGACAUCUGAACGACGGGGCAUACAGCACGGACCGGAGCAAGCUUUGCAGGUCCUGCGGAGACUACUCUGCAUGCAUACCGUGUCUGCACCGCAGACAAACUGGUAUCGAAAUGAGGGCAAUCCGUACGGUUCGAAAAUUACGAGAGAAUUGCCGGAUGCAGUUGCAGAUGCAGAUACCGGCGCAGUCGCGGAGCUCUCGAGGGCUGAGGUUUAUCUGCUGAACGGGAACACAUCCGCAGUUGCGAACUGCUGGGACGAUGAUCAUAUGCGACUUGAAGAGAAGCCGAAGAUGGAGAUACCCUUACCAGUCAUCGGAGGAGAACCGCAGCUGUCAUCGCAGGAGACGACUUUGUCAAUGCGGAUGCCGGGCUUUGGCCGGCGAUGCUCAUGA